AUGGCUCCUACUAAUGUUCAUAUAGAAACAGACAACGGCCGUAAAUUUACUGUUUACAUAAGUGAAGCAAAAGGAAUCUUUUUCCUUUUCCAUGGUUGGUCUGAUGUCAUUACACAUUUAAGAAUUAAAGCUGGCACUUUUGUAAUCUUCACUCCUUUGGAUUCUAUAACAUUCAAGAUAACAUACUGUGUAAAUGGUUUGAGUUCUAUUUGCUUCUGGUCAUCCAUUGUAGCUACGCCUUCUCAAUUUACUGUGAUACCUGAUUCUGUCCUUUCAAAGUCUCAUGAUUAUACGGUUGCUGAUAUAAUUUCAACUAUGUAUUUAGGCAAUAAAGAGUUUCAUGUUAAGGUUCAAAGUUGUAAUGGUAAAGUCUGCUUUACAGCGGGUAUUGAUGUGAUAGUUACUCAAUAUCAAUUGGAGGCCGGUUCUUAUUUUUUAUUUACAAAAUGGUUUGGUCAUUCUUUCCAUUUAAGAGUAUUUGAUAAAAAUGGUAUUGAAAUGAACUUUGAUCAUGUACAUGUCGAUGAUGUUGAUAUUGCACCUAUUGAUUCUCUUCAAGAUCUGCCUCCCACUGCUGUUGCUGAACAAGCCACUGGACAUAUUAUUCGUUUUGUUCGAAUGGCUGCUGACUAUUUUCGGCUUCCUGAUGAUGUUUCCAUAAAGGCUAAACUUGAUUUGGGUGUUAAAAGUAUCACAAUCAGACUUUUGCAUCUUAAUCCUCAGAAGGAAUUUCCUAAUGGUACUAUACGUCAAGCGAGACUCGAAGGUUAUUGUUAUGCAUUAAGUAGUUGGUCGAGAUUAAUGAACAUUGCUGGCAUUAAGGUGGGUGACACGGUUUAUUUUUGUUUUGACAAAACUGAACAAGUUUUGAGUGUAGAAAGGGUUGUUUCUCCUUUGAACCAUAUUUAG